CGUUCAUCCACCCAUCUACUCCGCCUCUUGAGGCAACAACUUUGACCAUGCCACCUAGAAUAAUCAAGCGGUCGAAGACACCUAUGGUCUCCGCAGGUUUGGAAGUACGAAAUACGCGCAGUCGGACACGAAGUGGCCUUCAAGACUCGGACAUGUUGAACAUGCCAAUGGAUAUCAUCCAUGAGAUCCUGCGGCAUCUUCUGCCACACGAUCUACUCAGCCUCACGCGAACGUCCAAGGCAUUCCACGCAUUCCUGAUGAGGAAGAGUUCAGCCUACUACUGGAAACAGUCUCUGAAACAAGUCGACGGCCCUCUUCCUCGGUGUCCGAAGGAAUUAAUUGAACCUGCCUGGGUCGCCCUAGUCUUCUCGCCCAUUUGUACGGCCUGUGGGAAACGCGAAGCACCCCAUGUAUACUGGUCGCUCUUUGUGCGGCUUUGCAAGACAUGCAGGCCUCAGCUUGUCGUGGAUCAACACGAUCUAUUUCGAGAACGAGGGAUGGACAAGAUUCCAAAGGAUAUCUUUGUGAUGUCCGGUCGUGGUUAUUGCCUUCGAUCUGAAGCGCAGGAAGUCAUCGAUACAUGGAAAGGGCUAUCUAAAUCUCGUAACAAGAAAGCCCUGGAGCAAUAUGUCCAAGGACAGACUCAGCACGUCAAGAAAUUAGCAAAGUUCCAAGAGUCGUGCGAGGGCUGGUUCGGCUAUUCGUCUAUACGCGAGAGUGAACGCCUGGAGGGCGAACGUUUCGAAUUCGUCGACUCCAAAUUAAGAUCACUGGGGUGGGGUGCAGAGCUCAAGUUCCUUGGGCGAGGCUCAAUCUCAAGAGGCCUACUCUCAGUCAUGAGAAACUAUCCACUAAUGAAUACACAUGGACCGAUGACCGAGCGUCGUUGGCGGGCGAUCCAGGGAGAAAUCCUGGAGUGCAUGCAGGAGAUCCGAGAGGAACGCCGUGCUUACAAAUGGGAGAGCCAACAUCCGGAGUUAUGGGCUUAUGGCGUGGACAUGGAUGAUAUCGCGCUCACACCAGAAAUCUGCGAAAUCAUGAACCGGCCUGCGAAGGAAUGCGUGCAUCAGCAUAGCUUCAUGGCGCUGCAAGCGCAGGUGGGCGCGAUUCUGGAGGGGUGGAGAUCACGCGUAUGCAACCAACUACGGGACCUGAUGCGCUCCACCAUGCGAUUCCCACAGAAUGUCGACCCGCUAGAACUCGCGGCGACAACGUUUCGCUGCGGAGAUUGUGUUCAAACCUGUCUGUUCUUCCCGAACGUGGUGGCCCAUAGCUGCCAGCGCGUGCGCUCCUCGGUAACCCAACAAGACACGUAUCCCCAGUCCUUGCAAGAUAUCAUGCGUCCAUUCUUAAUGCGGCUUCGUGAAUACAAGUUGUCUGAACCGGCGUGCCAAAUCGUACGGUUCUGUGGCAGAGAUCCGGAGACAACGACUGCAAAGGAGAUGGAUGCCCUUGACAUCAGACUUGCUACGCAAGGCAGCGCAAUUAUGACCUGGCGCGCCGCGAUCAUUGAACAAACACAGUCCAAUCACGACAUGUCGGUCUGGCGAAUUGCUGACUCGACGGAUACGGCCAAUGCAAAGAAACACGAGUCAAAGAUUGUGCAGAACAACGCAUCAUGGAGUUGCCGCAAAUGCAUACCGCCAUGCCUCCAUUCCGAUCUAGAAGAGUAUCUUGAAUAUCAUCAUGGUGUCGCAGAGAAAGAAGACAUGACACCUGUAUUUUCUUCUAGAGACAUCUGUGCGAAUAGCGCGUACAAACUCCGAUUGCCAGACUUCGAGGUAGUUAAACUGAUCGACAGAGACCAAUCAUGUACUGGUACGGAUUGAAC